CCUAGAACAACUGGUGAACAUAAAACUAAACCAACUCAAGCAAGCGUUCGAGAAUUACGGGGUCUUGGUCUUUCUCCAGAUGUGAUUGUCUGUAGAAGCGAAAAACCAAUUGACGAAAAUGUGAAACAAAAAAUUUCAAAUUUUUGCCAUGUUCCACCAGAAGAGGUUGUUUGCUUGCAUGAUGUGAAGUCAGUAUAUCAUGUUCCAAUUUUUCUUGAAGAACAAGGACUUGUUAAGUUUUUUCAUGAACGGCUAAAACUUCCAGUUCGGAAACAUUCAGAUGAGGUUCGAAAUCGCUCUAAACAAUGGAAGAAUCUCAUUAAAAAAAUUGAUAGUCUGGUUCAAGAAGUAAAUAUAGCACUAGUUGGGAAAUAUACUGGCUUAGAGGAUGCAUAUGCAUCUGUCAUCAAAUCAUUGCAUCAUGCAUCUAUGCACUGCAACUUGAAGCUUAAUUUACAGUUUAUAGCUGCAGCUGAUCUAGAGCCUGAAACCCUGAGAAAUGAUGCAGUUCGCUAUCAUGAAGGAUGGCAAAAAUUAUGCAAAUCAGAUGGCAUAAUUGUUCCUGGAGGAUUUGGUACCAAUGGUAUUGAAGGGAAAAUUUCUGCUAUAAAAUGGGCAAGAGAAAGCAAAAAGCCAUUUUUAGGUAUAUGCCUUGGUUUUCAGUUGGCAGUUGUAGAAUUUGCUCGAAAUGUUCUAGGAUGGGAAGAUGCUCAUACUAUAGAAACAACUGGAGACAAAACGAAGAGGAAUGUAGUUAUUGAAAUGGAGGAGCACCACACUGGCAUUAUGGGUGGCACUAUGAGGCUUGGAAAGAAGGUCACAAUGUUCAAGACAACUGAUUCUGUUUUAUGGCAACUGUAUGGCAGAAAGGAUUUUAUUGAAGAAAGACACAGGCACAGAUAUGAGGUAGAUAAAGCAUAUGUUCCUGAUAUGGAAAGAGCAGGUCUAAAAUUUGUUGGUGAAGAUGACUCGGGAGAAAGACUAGAAAUCUUAGAGUUGCCAGAUCACCCAUAUUUUGUUGCAGUCCAGUUUCAUCCAGAAUAUAUAUCUCGCCCAACUGAGCCAUCCCCGCCAUAUUUGGGUCUUAUUUUAGCUUCAAGUGGAAAACUCUCCUCUUUUUUGGCUAGAGGUUGUCAUCAUCGAUUUCUUGAUUGUGAAAUUACUUCUGAAGAUGAAAUAGAAACUGGAGAAGAGGAAAGUGCUUCAUUAAUGAACAUUCAGAGUGUGCAAAAUAGCUGAUGUAUAGCAAAAUCAAAAUAUUAGCGAAAAUUUAGAUAGUUUCUUUCAUUUAGAUAUUUGUUUUUCAAAUGCAAAUAAAGUUAUUCUUUGAUUGUAAUUGAUUAUAUAAUUCUUAAUCCUUAGUAUGCAAAAUAUGUGCAUUAAUGUUUUUUUAUAUAUCAAAAGUAUACAAAGUGUUGAAAUAUUUUUAAAUGGAAUUUCAAGGUGUCUUAGGAGAGAGCAACAGAAGUGAAUUCAAUAAGUAAUUAUCUAUAUUUUUUAUUAUUAACAUCUGUUCCAUGAAUAAUUCAUAAAAGCUGACUCUUUGCUUCUUUUAAAUAAAUAAAUAAAUAAAAAUUCUCUUUCCGGAAAUGAAUAAAACAUAAAUAUUUUGCUAUACAUCCUAUCAAUUGUUUGGUUCUACAAAAAUCUUCCAUUAUAUUUAUCAAGUGAUUCUUUGCUACAUUUUUGUUCUUAUUUUUCCCUCUGAAUACUUCAGGCAUCUUUCUUGUUUAUUGGAUCAUCUGCUGAUAGCUCCUUGUUUUCCAGCAUGCUGCAAAUAGUCAUAAAAUAUGUUUAUUAUAUUUUGAAAAUAUUUGUUCCUGAACAAAUACUUUCUCUGAAUAAAAAUAUAGAAACACUUC